AUGGCGAUAGCCAUGGGCUGGCAGAAGCCCGACAAUGUCGCCGGCUCGUCGGCCCCGGCCAUUAUGGUCGGUCUCUUCGUUGCCUCCGGCGGCUUGCUCUUCGGUUACGACACUGGUACGAUCAACGGUAUCCUCUCCAUGACGGCCUUCAAGCGAGACUUCACGACCGGUUAUAUCGACAAAGAGAACAAGCCUGGCAUCUCACCCUCCGAAUCCUCCAUCAUCGUCGCUAUCCUAAGUGCCGGCACCGUCCUCGGCGCUCUACUCGCCGCCCCGAUCGGCGACUCAUGGGGUCGUCGCAUCUCCCUCAUCCUGUCCAUCGGCGUAUUCAGCUUCGGCGGCAUCUUCCAAGUCUGCGCACACGAUAUCGACAUGCUCUUGGUCGGAAGGUUUUUCGCGGGAGUCGGAGUUGGAUCCAUCUCAGUCCUCGUCCCAGUCUACCAGUCGGAAAUGGCUCCAAAAUGGAUUCGAGGAACCCUUGUCUGCGCCUACCAAUUAUCCAUCACAAUAGGUCUACUGUCAGCCUCCUUUGUCAACAUCUUGACCGAAAAGCUGGACUCGGCUGCCGCCUAUCGAAUCCCUCUCGGCCUACAACUCGUGUGGGCCGUUGUUCUCACCAUUGGCCUGUUCAUGCUGCCAGAAACGCCACGCUUUCUUGUGAGGCAAGGCAAGCCGGAGGCUGCAGGCCUUUCACUCAGUCGCCUUCGACGACUCGACAUAACACACCCAGCCGUCAUCGACGAGCUGCAAGAGAUCGUCGCCAACCACGAGUAUGAACUUACAUUGGGCCCCGAUUCAUACAAGGAAAUCUUCUACGGAUCGCCGCACCUUGGUCGACGAACCCUUACUGGAUGCUGCCUCCAGAUGCUGCAACAACUGACGGGUAUCAACUUUAUCAUGUACUACAGCACGAGCUUUUUCGACGGCGUCAAACUCGAGAAUCCUUACCUCAAAGCUCUCAUCAUUAACAUCAUCAACGUCGUAUCAACGAUUCCGGGUCUGCUCGUCAUCGAAUCCUGGGGUCGACGCAAGCUUUUGAUGGUGGGUGCCAUAGGAAUGGCCGUCUGCCAACUCAUGAUUGCGUCUUUCAGCGCGGCUGCUGGGGAUAACCUCCAGCAAGUUGCGCAAAUGAUCCUCAUCGUCUUCUGCUCCAUCUACAUCUUCUUCUUCGCGGCGUCAUGGGGACCGGUCGCGUGGGUCAUCACCUCCGAAAUCUACCCUCUCAAAGUUCGUGCCAAGGCCAACUCGAUUUCCACAGCUUCCAACUGGUUGCUCAACUUCGGCAUCGCCUACGGAACCCCUUUCAUGGUCGGAGCCGGGCCAGGGUACGCGGAUAUUGGACCCAAGAUUUUCUUCCUUUGGGGAGCGUUCUGUAUACUGGCUGUUCUAUUCGUUUGGUGCAUGGUCUUCGAGACGAGUAAGAUCAGCUUGGAGCAGAUCGAUGAGAUGUACGAGCGUGUCGACUAUGCUUGGAACAGUACCAGCUACAUCGACAACUACUGGCGCCACCGGGAACUCAACAUCAGCAGAAGCAAAAAUGUUGUCUCAGAUGGGCAACGUUGA